AUGGACGAUGAUCCGAACCUCAUCUUGGUCAUCAGAGGGGCGCCGGGUGAUGCAGCUGAAGGUCUCGAGCUACCCCACAAUCGUACCCGCUAUAGUGAUCUACUAGAUGGCUUCCACAAGCCUCCACCAGAUCCGCGAAGCAGGAGCUCAAGCCCCAACUCAAACUCUGAUGAAGGCGACCAAGGGAACAAUAAUAACGAGCCUCCGCGUGAGGGAAGCCUUCUAUUAACCUUCGACAAGCCGCCUGCAAAUGUCACCCGCGGAUUCACCUUCGGGACCAGCAAGAGACGCUGUGAUGUUUUGCUUGCAAAAACAAGCGUCCCCAAUAUAAGCGGGGUACAUUUCGUUAUUACAUUGGAGAAUACCGGCCAUCUCGUGCUGAGGGACGUAUCAUCGAGGGAAACUGCCGUCAGCUAUGACGGCUGGGGAGAGCAGUACCCACGGAGGCAUUUCACGUGGAUUCUAGAUCUCAACGACAAGAGAAUGAGCAUUAGUGUCCAUCUCCGUGGUUUCCGGUUGGACAUCACCCUACCCAGUCAUGCUUCCUGUCAAAGCCAGUACAAAGCGAACGUUGAUGCCUACGUGAAAGCGAGUCAAGACUCUGUUCUCAGCCUCGGUGGACUGAAUAUGCCUAGCCAAGAUCCAACUCGUCCACGUAGCCCAAUUAAUGAUCCGAUCUACUUUCCCGCCGAAACAAUUGGACACGGGUCAUUUGGAAAGGUUUACAAGGUUCUAGAUGUGAGCACAGGCCGGGAUUAUGCUUCCAAGAGAUUUCUUUUGCAUUCUGCGGAUAUAGAACAAAUGAAGAAAAAGCCGACAGAAUCGCCUGCCUUCAAACAGCACCAGACCGAACUGGUAGAGUUCUUAAACGAAAUGAAAAUCAUGAAAUAUCUUAUGCAUAUUGUUAUGGAAUAUAUGCCCCUGGGAAGCCUUCGCUUUCAACACAGUGUUAUCCCGAUUAGUACAACAGAAAUCCAACUCGUUCUUGCCCAAGGGCUCGACGCUCUUCGUUUCAUGCAUUCCAGAGACAUCACGCAUCGGGAUAUCAAGCCGGAAAAUAUCCUCGUCUAUAGCAGAAACGGCCCCUUCAUUAUUAAAUUAGCUGACUUUGGGCUUUCGAAAUUUGGUAGUCUCAGAACGAAUGUCGGGACGCUAGAUUAUAGGGCACCUGAAUUCUUUCAUUCCCAGCCCAUAAACUAUGACAGCAGAGUUGAUAUAUGGGCUCUUGGGGUCGUCGCCCUUGAGUUCACCUAUGGUGCCACUGAAGUUAACUCUGGCUAUGACACUCAGCGUGUCGCUGACGCAGCCAAAAGCGCACUGCGUUCCCAUUCGGACAGCCCAUUCUAUUUUAUGUUGUCCAGAAUGUUGGAGAUUGACCCAAACAACCGGCCUACUGCGGAGGACUGCUUUGAGGGAGAGCCGACAAUCGAUUUUAGCAUAAAACAUAGUGGAGGGACCUCCGGCUUGAUCACUCCAACAAAUAAUCGCAGUCUUUCUGCGCAGACAAGCAGGGUCUCAGCAUCCGCGGACAGCCUAAGGCAAAUACCAGCUGGCAGCAUGCAAACACCGAUGCCAAAGCGGCAUCUAUCAUCUACCAGCUCGCGUGGCCACCGCACCAAACGCCAACGAGACUCGAUCGACAAUGCCUCACUGUCUUAGACUCGAAGCGAUAGAACGGUAACAAACACUGCAAUCGGUGCAGCAGCCCCACUUGACGUCGGAAACCGUAGGCAUCUCGAAUAUAGCUACCAAUAUGCUGAUGCUCCUGAUGACGGUGACGGUGGAGGCUUUGAUCGCAGGCGAUGGGAGAGGACGAUGGGAGAGGACCCAGUGGAACCCGCAGCGCGACCAGCAAAUCGGGAAAACAAAGGGAAUCCAGGCAUGAUCUCAGCGCAGGGGCCGAUCAACAAUUGUCGAGCCGAUCACGGAACUCAAUCACACAAAGUUUGACAUCUUCGCAUCAACCGCGAAGCACCAGGGCUGGCUCCGGUGCCAACUGAAGAGUCAUAGAUAUUAUAUAUAAGGAAUAACGAAACGAGUAGAACCCAGUGGGAUAGUUUCAUCGCGGGAACGCUGCUAGGAGUGGACAAUUUCGGCCUUGAAACUUUUCGAGUAACAUCCGAUAACUAAAUAUUGCAAAGUAAUAGAUAAAUAAAGAGCCGUCUUCAGUAAAAUUCCUGAUGAAUACGAAGCGUGUGAAUGCAAUUUCAUACGCUUUAAGUUUAUUUGUUCUUCUUUGUUGCAAUAAAGAAAAGAAACCUGGGUGAAAAUAAUUAAUUAGAAAAGCUUUCUCUUAUUAUUAUCUCUUAAUUUUUCACUUCAUUUUCUGUUUCAUUUCUUUCAUUUUCUACUUAUAUUUAGAACUUUACUAUUUUUUUUAUGAUAGCUCUGUGAUUGCUACUUCUUUAUUGCAGCUUGCAAUUGCC